CACGACCACAACCACCACAACAACGUCUUCCACCUCCACCCCAUGGCCGUAUUCUCUGCUCCAUUCUGUCAAUGCGACGGAUUUCAUGGCGAACCAGACGUGGCCUGGGUGCACGCGCUCCACCCCCGCUGCCCGCGGGUUCCUUCUCUUUGCGGGCGUCGCUACUGGCGUUCGGAAGACGGCGUGCAAUCUGGGUGGCGGCUGCGACUGCUUCCGCCUGGAGGAAUGCCACGACCCUGAAGGCCUGUCGUGCAUGGAGGUGUACGAGUGCGAGACAAACGCUGGUGAAGACGACAGCUGUCUUGCGUUUGACGAGUGUGGCCAGGGGAACUUCCGCAUUCAGGCCAUGAUCCAAGUGAUGUGCGAUCAUGGGCAACACAUGGAGGCGCUGAACAGCGCACAGCUGGACGAUUUCGCCACAAGUUUCAAAACAUCACUCGCCGAGGAUUGCAACGGCUCUCCACUGCAAUGCCACGUUAAGGCGGACACCGGCACCGAUCUGACCGUUCUGGACAACAGCACGUUUGUUGUCUCUGUCCUCAAACCAAACGACAUUGCUCGCCUGUCCACGUGCGCGAUGUUCAACGCGUUUUCAUUCAGCAACUGCAGCGUUGAGUCCGUGGAGCGGUACGAUGCGGCCGCGCAGGUCAUUGUCACGCAGCGGUUUGUGGUGACCGGCGUCAACGCGUCCCAGGUCAACACCACCGCCAUCAAGCUGCGGCUGCUGGCCAGGCUGCCGCAGUUCAGGGCCGACCAGAUUGACGUGCGCAUUGAGGCUGUCAGUCGCCGCGCUGUGGACAGCGGGUUCAUCGUGGUUGUGGAGUACACGGCGGACGAUGAGGAGGCGGAGGAUGUGGUGCAGACGGCCAACACGGUGGCCACCAACGGCACAAUGACGGAGGUGGUGGAGGAAGAAACGGGCAAGACGGUGCAGACCGCACAGAGCGGCAGCGUGGCAGUGAACAUGGCAACAACUACAACGACAACAACAACAACAACAACAACAACAACAACAACAACAACAACAACAACAACAACAACAACAACGACAACAACAACAACUACAACUACAACAACUACAACUACAACUGCAACAACAACAACCACGCCCGCUGUCGUGGGCAGCACGACCGUCAUCUCCACGACGUCCACGGCCAUCAACGGCACGAGUGGCGCCGAGUCGAAGAGCAAGUCGCGUGUGGUUGCCGGUGUGACUGCUGGCGUCUCCUUCAUUGUGUGCAUUGUCAUCGUGGGGCUGAGCUACCUGCGCAGCUCUGAUGGACAGACGCUGAAGCCAAACGCCAACAACAACGACGGCAGCACCGUCUCGAUUGUGGACGGAAGCGUCUCGUUUGAGCUGCAGAUGGCGGAACCCACGCAGCACUCAAACACGUUUGACGUGCUGGAUGAGGUGGACGUGUGAUGUCUGGCCGUGGUGCUGAGUGCUGACGAGAUGGUGGAAGAUGAACGCCUGAUGACGCGAAGGGCAUGGCAAUUGCUCUGUGUGCGUGUGUGUGUGUGUGUGUGUG